AUGUCGUCCAUGUCUGCUCUCUACAGUGCUGUUGGCCCUACGGAUCGGUCGAACUCGACGUCGAACACAUCCUAUCAAGACGCAUAUGGGAGCAAAAGGUGGAAUAACUGCGAGACCUACUUCAACAGCGGUUUACCAACGCCUCCGGGCUCGAGGGCCAUGCCGGGAGUAGUGUUAGGCAACAGCUAUGCGGCCCUGCCUGCACCUGCUUUCCAGCAGGACCGCAGUGGUUUGCCAGACGGUGCCACCGCUGCUCGCCAACGCAGCACCGCAUCUACAGUUCUGACGAACCAUGCAUACGCUCUAGCUCCUCCCGCAAACGGAGUCAGCCUGUACAACCGUCGAGCCUCCGAUCAGAGCAAUCUGAAUGCCAUCGCACCCCAUCUUCAGAUACCAGAAUCGGUGAACAAGAGCAAAGGGAGUCUGGCCGAGUUUGCUGCAGAGAUUACAUGCCUGUUCUGGUUUGAAACAGGGCAAACAUUGCAGUACGCCGAAAAUCUCCCAGAGGAUGUACCAGUCGACAGAGGGUUGCUGCCAGAUGCUAUACCCUCAAUUGGGUUCCGAAAAUGGGUGACCACGAUCAUCAGCACCACUCAGGUUGGGAAGAAUGUAAUCCUGCUUGCCUUGUUGUUCAUCUAUCGGCUCAAACGAUUCAACCCCAGUGUCAGCGGGAAGCGUGGCAGUGAGUUUCGGCUCCUGACGAUUGCCCUAAUGCUGGGCAACAAGUUUCUGGACGACAACACAUACACGAACAAGACGUGGGCGGAGGUUUCUGGCAUUUCAGUCACCGAAAUUCACAUCAUGGAGGUUGAAUUUCUGAGCAACAUGAGAUACGCUCUUUACGCCUCGGCUGCAGAGUGGAGUGAAUGGAAAUCCAAAUUGGGAAGGUUUGGCGCGUUUUACGAGAAGGCCUCCAAGCUACCGUUGGUAGAUGAGAGCAGAGCAAAUGGCACCACCCCUGUCACGCCUACUGCUCAGAGCUUUCCCCAAAAGCUGCCCUCACCUCCUUCCACUCAUCACAGCGUCAGUCCCUAUGGUGUCUCACCGUCUCUCAACACCCAUUACCCUGUCUUGCCACAUCCUUCGUCUGCAGCGACACAACUUCCGAGUUCACCACUUCGGCAACAAGUUGGCUUGAGGGGAUAUCAUCAAGAGCGGAAACGGAGUGCCGACUAUUCCACUGAGCUUCCUCCUGCGAAAAGGCAACAAUUUACUGGCCAGCUUUCAGAACACAUUGGGAACAGGGCGAAUUCGCUUCCGUACACUGCUGGCAGUCUAAGAGUUUCUCCUACCCGUCCCACUGGUCUGGCGGAUCUUGGAGUUCCAGCAACAUUGCCGGAUAUCCCAAGGUUGGACAUACCACGAGUGCCACCCUCACUACCGCUUUCAAAUGCACAGAACACCCUAUUACCAGGCCAGCCGAAUAGGCCACUCUCAAUCGUCUACCCGGCUGCAAGUGGUACCUAUUCCCAUCCUGUCACGCCAAUAUCUGCAGUCCCGCAAUCCCUGUUCCAAAAUCCUGUUCCAAGUCUGGGCGAUGGUUCCCGGUCUGUUACAACGCUGCCUUCCGCUCAUACCUCUCCAUCUAAUGGAUACAAUACCGCUACUCCCACUCUACCAGGGCUAUCACCUUCAUACUUUUUGACGCAUCGCACGUCUCCGUAUCGACCGGUGCGACAUGUCAACACGCUUUUGAUACCUCCGCCGUCGGCUGCACUUCAGAUGCCAGUCAGAAAUGUUACUUCUGACCAGAUUCACUACCAUCCUCUGAGCAAAGUGAUGACUGAGCGCCGGAGUGGACCGCUCCCCAACUUCCAUCCCGAUGGCUGGCAGCAUAGCAAUGUUUCCACGCCCAUUGCUCAACACCAAUACCCAUUCUAA